CUCCCAUCAGAGAAACCCAAAAACCCAAAAUCUCUCUCUCUAUCUCUAUCUCGCCCGAGGAAAAGCUCCGAUAAUGGCGUGGAUGCGACUGAUACAGAGCGCGAGAUCUGUUCUUACGACAGCACCAGCGUCUUCGACUCUUAACUUCCAUAGAUUCUACUCCAAAUCCGCCGCUCCUUAUCACGUGAAAGUUGGAAUUCCUGAGUUUUUGAGUGGAUUGGUGGAGGAGUUGAGACUCAUAUUGCUAAGCUUGAAACCGAGUUAGGCGAUCUUCCGAAAUUGCUCGUGACUCGUACGCUUAGACUCAAGAAGUUUGGUAUUCCUUGCAAACAUAGGAAAUUGAUACUGAAAUAUAGCCACAAAUACAGGCUAGGUCUAUGGAAACCUAGAGCUGACGCAAUAAAGGCGUGAUUGGUUCCUGUACUCAUCGAAUCAUAAGUUCCUCUCAUACUUUGUUAUGCUAAUGGAAUGAGUUGUUCUCAGAAUGAUCUAGGCAUAGCAAUGUUGCAAAUCACUUGAAACAUUGUACCAAUUUGCAUUCAUGUACUUGUUUUUUCCAUGGUUAUAAACAUUAAGCGACUGUUCACAUCCUGGAGCAGUAACUUUUGAAGUGUUGAAUGUAUCGGUCUUGUGGGAA